AUGGUAUCUGAAAUCCCUAAUUUUGCAAAUAUUGAUGAUUUUGUGAAUGGUUUCUUCCCUAAUUUUGCAAAUUCUCUUUCAAAUUUUGAUCCGCGAUUUACACUGGUUUUAUUGUCUAUGGUAUCUGAAAUCCCUAAUUUUGCAAAUUCUGAUGAUUUUGUCUAUGUUGUCUCUAUGCCAUUGAAUGGAGAUGAUAAUGUGGGAGUGCCUAUCAAGUUAUGGUUUCUUUGUGUUGGUUCUUGUUUUGAUCCUAUUAUUAGUUGUCUGUGUGUCAUUUCAAGGAUAUCAGAAUGUGGGAAUGCCGCCUAUCAAGGUUCAGUUAUUUUUCCUGUUUUUGUGUUGGUUCAGCUUUUGCUCCUAUCAUUAGUUGUCUAUGUGCUAUUGAAUGUUGAUGAGAAUGUGGGAAAGGCUAACAGGCUUUUGGUGUUAUCAUUAGUUGUCUAUCUUCCAUUAAACGGGGAUGAGAAUGUGGGAAUGCCUACAACAUGUCUUACAGUGAGAUGUGCAUUGUUUGGGGAUUAUGUUAAUCAAGUAAAUCAUUUCCUUGCCUCUGGGUAUGUGGAGCAGCCUGUUGUAGUUAUUCAACUUGCAAAAGUCAAGUUCUUUCGGGGUCAAGUUGGUCUUCAAAAUGUCAUGUAUGCGACACAAAUGUUAUUUAAUCCUGAUAUUCCUGAAGUUGUUGACUUCAGGCAGAGUAUGAUUGAGCAAGGUGGCAGUGGUACCCAGCCACUGUUUAUUGCAAAUGAGGGUAAGGUUCUCUCCUUGGAAGAUGACUUCAUGCGUCUAACUAGAAAGUGCACUAUUGAAGAGCUUCAAGAUAACAAUCAGGAGGGUUCUUUUAUCAUCUUUGGAGCAAUCCAAGGUAUUGUUGAGGAUGGAGGUUGGUGGUAUUCUGCUUGUGUGUGUGGAAAGGGUAUCCAUCCUCAAAAUGGUGCCUAUUACUGUGAUUUUUGUUUGAAGCACAUAACUAAUGUUACUCCAAGAUUUAAAAUUAAAGUGACAGUUGAAGAUCAUACUGGGGAGGGUAUUUUCCUUCUCUUUGAUCGUGAGGCUUCCUAUUUGCUUAAGAAAUCAUGUGCUGAUUUGUUUACUGAAGUUCAAAGAGAUGCAAGUGUUAUAUGUGGGGAUACUUAUCCUCCCAUAUUCCAAGGGCUGAUUGGAAAGAAGUUGCUGCUCAAGGUUGAUACCAAAGGUGUCCCACAUGAUACAUUUUAUGGGACUUUCCGAGUUACGAGAAUUUGUGAUGAUUGCACCAUCAUUGCGAUGUUUGAACUUCCCAAUUAUGAUGCUGAUGAUGAGUCUUCUCCCAAAAAGGAGCAUGACUUACACAAAUCUGUUCCUGCUGGAAAAGCUGAUGUUGGUAUUAAGAAGGAGUCUUCUGAUAGUUUUAUCAAAACUGAGAAAGAUGUUGGUGAUUGUGCUGGGAUGUUGUGUAAAUCCCCAGUUCUUAUAGAUUUUUUGGCUGAAAAAUAGCCUGUUAUUUCUGUGGGGAGUGAAUUUGUUGGGUUAA